AUGCAUCUCAACCUCAUCAGCCUCACUCUCUGUCUCUCUCCCCUGGCCCUCGCCCUCCCCCCUCACUCCCUCCUCCGCAAGCCACCCAUGACACCGAACACCAACCAAACCGUCGGCCACGCCCUCGUCCACAACACCUGCACCAGCCCCAUCUACCUCUGGUCCGUCGGCUCAACCAUCGGCCCUCAAUCCGCCGUGUCCCCCAACACCACCUACACCGAAGUCUACAGAAGAGACCCCGCGAGCGGCGGGAUCGCGCUGAAGAUCACGCGCGUGGCGGAUGGGCUGUAUACCGCGGCGCCGCAGAUGGUGUUUGCGUACAAUCUCGUGGGAGAGCAGGUCUGGUACGAUCUGUCGGAUGUGUUUGGGGAUCCGUUUCUGGGGAGUCGCGUUCGGGUUGAGUACCGGGGGCUGGCUGGGGAGGCGGAAGACGAGGCGAAGAAGAGCAUUGAGUGGGCGGAUGGGAUGUCGCCGGGGGGGAGUAUGGUGCGGGUUGCGGGCGCAGAGGGAGAUUUGAUUCUGAUGGUCUGUUAG